UGACCAGCUGGUCGCGUCUCUCAUCAGCUCCACUCUCUCUCUCUCUCUCUCUCCUCUCUUGAUCAACGUAUACAUACAUAAUAAAGAUCCCCAUUGCUCCUUUCGGGGUCCGUCAGAAAAGCAGGAAGACACAAGAAAAGUCGCAACAUUUCGUCGUGUGGUCUCUUCUAGUUCAGAACGAAAUUUUUUGUUGUUGUUGAAAAACAAUCCCCCGAAAUUACAAAAACUGCAAACUGUGGUGAUUUGAAGCCAUUCGAUUGUGUCGGUUCGUUUAUCUCGUCCGUUCGUCAUCAUUUGGUGCUUGUGGCCUCUAUGGAGAGCUCUGCCGAUCGAUCAACCGACAGCGACUCCGGGUCCGAGCGCUACUUCAAUCAUAGCGCUGGCGGAGUUGGUGGAGGUGGUGGUGGAGGAUCUACACUUAUCGGAAACAGUCUGAACGGAAACGGAAGACUUGCCGAUUGUGACGAUAUCGACUUGCCCGUACGCUGCGAAGUCUGCGAUAAACCUUUCCACGACGUCGAUCAGGUCGAUUCGCAUUUGGUAAGCGUCCACCAGUUCCCGCUCGGUCGCUAUCCGUGUACGUUCUGUUCACGUGCUUUCAGCUGUCGACCACUUCUCUCGCGCCACGCGGUCGUUCAACACGGUCUCGGCCGGCGUUACCCGUGCGAGCACUGCGCCAAAGUCUUCUCCGAUCCAUCGAAUCUGCAGCGCCAUAUCCGGUCGUCUCACGUUGGUGCUCGUGCCCACGCUUGUCCCGAGUGCGGCAAGACUUUUGCAACAUCUUCCGGACUCAAACAGCAUACUCACAUUCAUUCUUCCGUCAAACCGUUCCAGUGCGAGGUGUGUUUGAAAGCCUACACGCAAUUCUCUAACCUGUGUCGGCAUAAGCGCAUGCACGCAGACUGCCGUUUGCAGAUCCGUUGCCAACGUUGCGGCCAACCUUUCAGCACCGUCACUUCGUUGGCCAAACAUCGGCGAUUCUGCGACACGGCCACGGUGGCAGUAACAGCCUCUUCUUCUACGGCUGGUACAUCCAUCAACCACACGACCUACACGACCAUCCACAACAACAAUAACAACAAUAACAACAAUAGUAACAGCAGUAGCAACGGAAGCGGUAUGGUGCCUCCACCGCCUCCUCCGCCGCUUCCCCUACAGCCACCCCAUCAGUUGGCGUUGGGUCAGCAACCGAUGAACUUGAUGCACUUGUACAGGCCAACGCCAUCCAUGGGAUUGUCGCAAUUUAAUUCAUCUCUACUGUCCACCUACGCGGCUGGAUUGAGCCAUCAUUUCUCUCCCGCAGCAGCGGCCGCUGCUGUUGCGGCUGCGGCCAAUGAGCCCUACCCCGUGAUGUCCAGAUGCUUGACCACGCCAGCCGCAACGUCCACGCCUCGUCAUCGUCACGCGUCCGAACAAGACGGUUCGGAUGAAUCGGAUAUCGAUGUGACGGACGAUCGGAGCUCAGCGGCCUCGUCUAGUUUUGCGUCGGAAUUAGGGCGUAGUAGACGUAAACGAUUUCGAUCAUCAGGCGAUGAUGGAGCAGAUGGAAAUGAAACUGACUCUGAUCGACGCUCACGCCGGAGUGACAGUAGCUGCAGCACUAAUGUCGGAAGCUGUCAUAGCGAUAGAGAAUUGACUAAUGAUGAAAAGAAAACAAAAGAGUCCGGUGAACAGCCGUUAGAUUUAUCUAAAUCGACGAAAGAAAACGAACGAGAUAACUCCAAGGACAGCGAUCCACAUUCUCCACUUGUCGAUGUUGAUGAACACGAAGAAGAUCGAGCUCCAUCACGACCGCCAUCAUCGACCAAAGCGGCCCAGUGUAGCAGCAAUAGCAGUGCGGAAGAGAUCAAAUCCGAUCCGGCACCGCCUCAGAUACAAGCGUAUCCUCCCCCUCCAUCACCAUCUCUUUUAGCCUCCAUCGGCAACAGCUUGAAUCAACAGCAAUCUGGCGUGACCCAACCCAGUGGAUUGGCUUACCCUCGUCCGAUUCACCCGGCCCUGAUGUUAGAAGCAAUGAACUUUCACCACAGGAUGAUGCCUGAUGGAAGACUACCUUACGCAUCGUUUCUAUCGGGCCAUCAUCACCAUAUGAUGCCAACUAGGUGUCCUCCUAUAUUUACACCGCUGCUCAAUGGUCUUGGUGCUCUGUCGGCUCUCAACGGCUCUCUAAGGAACAAUUUGGAUAUGAUCCGGCGCUCUGGAGGGCAUCAACAUCCAGUGAAUCCUCAUCUCUCGUUGCCGAAACCCUUUCACCAUCACGAUCAUCACCAUCACCAACAUGGCGAGCAUAUGACAACGGCGAACGGUAGCGGGACAUCACCCGGGUCAAGUUCAUCCGUGAUGGGUGUGGCGAGUUCUGGGAUGAGUAAAUCGCGCGACCGCUAUUCGUGCAAGUUCUGCGGCAAGGUGUUCCCUCGCUCGGCCAACUUGACCCGCCAUUUGAGGACGCACACGGGCGAGCAACCUUACAAGUGCAAGUACUGCGACCGCUCCUUCUCCAUCUCGUCUAACCUGCAGAGACACGUACGCAACAUCCACAACAAGGAGAAACCGUUCAGGUGCCCGCUGUGCGAGCGCUGUUUCGGCCAGCAGACCAACCUGGAUCGUCACUUAAAGAAGCACGAGAUGGACGGAAACGCAGGUGGAGCUGACGGUGGACCAAACUGCAGCAGCGUCCUGUCCGUUAGCCCGGAAGUGACUGUGAGCAGCCCGGAAGGUUCGGCCACUGUAGCAGAUUUGAUGAUGAUGCACCAAGUUGCAUCCGGAACGCAACUGGGAAGCUCUGCAACUGUGAGGCCGGAAACGGCUGUGGCUUCAUCUUACUUCGCUGACAUUCGAAAAUUCAUGGGUCAGGUGACGGCCGAUAGUCUUCUAGUGGCUCAGUUUCAACACCAACAUCAUCAUCAACAUGGACAUUCGGAUGAUGAACUCAGUAGCCAGGAUUCCAAUGGCGGUGAUCGCAAUACUUCCAGCACUGGCCCCGUCCGGUUGGAGAUCGCGAGUUAAAAAUGUUU